UCAUAUUUUCUUGGAAGACAAUUAAGAAGGUGAAAAAGAGUUGGAUGGCUUGUAAGACCAAGAACACCAUCAACCGCCUAUAACACCCUUCUUCUUUUCCUUUUUCGGACCUUUUUGGAUCUGGAAAGGAGAAACCAGUCUUAAUCUCAAAUCUUCCGCCAAUUCGCCUAUAUAAUAAAAGUUCUGUCAAUGGAUGAGUCUGAUCUUGGUGAUCGAGAGAAAAAUUUUAGCUGAUUUGGUGUAAAUUAUAUUCUUCCAAACCAAGUAAUUGUUAGGGUUCUUUGUUUCUGAUAGUAUUGCUUAUUAUGGGGGACGUGAAGGACAAGUUCAAGGGUUUCAUGAAAAGGUUCAAUAAUCCCUUGUCUUCUUCUUCCUCUGCUAGUUUCAAGGGCCAGGGUAGAGUUUUAGGGUCGUCUUCUUCGGGGUCAACUACUUCCUUGCCUACCCGCCCAUCGCAAAAUCCCAUUUCAAAGCCGAAGCCGGUUAAUCCAUCUUCGGAUUCCCCGCUAAAUUCUAAGCCCCCGGUUGCAAAUUCAAUUGCCAGUGCCCAAAACAGGUCAGAGCAGUCGAAUAAAUCGAACCCAGAUCGUAAUCCGGCCGACGGAUUUGAUCCGUUUGACUCGUUUAUAACAUCUGGGAAAAGAUCUGGAAAUGGGUAUUCCUUAAAUGUGUUUGAAUGUCCGAUUUGUGGCCAAAAUUACGGGUCUGAAGAAGAGGUUUCGGUGCACGUAGAUAGCUGUGUCAUCGACAGUGCAUCCAAAGGACCAGCAGAUCUGUCCACGAACGAUGCAGAAUCUCUGAGUGAACUUGAGUCUUGCGUUGGCACUUUCUUAUCAGGGAAUCCGUCACAAAGUUCAUUGGAUAUCGUUCUGAAGCUUUUGAGGAACAUAGUUCGGGAACCAGACAAUUCAAAGUUUAGGAAGAUUCGUCUGAGUAAUCCCAAAAUUAAGGAGGCAAUUGGUGAGGCUGUGGGAGGAGUGGACUUGUUGGAGUUUGUGGGUUUUAAAUUGCGAGAGGAAGAUGGUGAAAUGUGGGCAACCAUGGAGGUUCCAACAGCGGAAGAAAUUAACAUAUUAGGUAAGGUAGUGGAUUCAAUUGACCGCCCAAAGCUUGAUGAACAACAACAGAAACCCAGCACUGCUACUAUGGCUACAACUCAGGCUGAUGAACUGGUCGAACCAAAGAAAGUAGACAGACAGAUUCGGGUAUUCUUUGCUGUCCCUGAAAAUAUUGCAGCCAACAUCGAGCUACCGGACUCGUUUUACAACCUCUCUGUUGAAGAGGUUAAAAGAGAAGCUAUAAUGAGGAAACAAAAGAUUGCUGAAUCUCAGCUUUUGGUUCCUAAAUCAUACAAGGAAAAACAGGCAAAAGCUGCUAGGAGGAAGUAUACAAGAACAGUUAUCAGAAUUCAAUUUCCGGAUGGCGUGGUACUUCAAGGUGUUUUUUCUCCUCGGGAGCCAACAAGUGCUCUAUAUGAGUUUGUGAGUACAGCACUGAAGGAACCCAGUUUGGAAUUUGAGUUGAUACAUCCCGUCGGUGUUAAGCGGCGUACGAUCGCUCAUUUUCCCACGGGAGAGAGAGGUAAAACGCUAGAUGAUGAGGAGUUAGUCCCUUCAGCUUUGGUCAAGUUUAGACCAAUGGAAACAGAUUCAGUUGUCUUCACAGGUUUGCGUAAUGAACUCCUUGAGAUCAUUGAACCACUCGUAAGCGGCUCAGCUGUGGCUCCUCCUCCACAACUUUAAACCUACUUGGAACAGUGCCCCCCAUUAAUUUGCUUUUCUUUUGAACUUUUUAACUCUGUAUACCCUUUUAUGGGCAGUGGACGAAGCAUUUCAGUCAAUGAUUAGUAUGUUCGUUCCUACUAA